CUUUUUUGUAAAUAUAUAAGGAGACGUACCCGACCUGCAUAGAGUCUGAUACACUCAUCAGUUUUCACCAGUCCUGGAAGCUAUGAACUUCGUGACGUGGGUAUGCCUGGUACUAUGUAUCAGUCAGCUGUCCCUGCAGGAUGUCACUGCAGCACCCAAGAAGGUUCAAUUAUGCGCUGACCUUAACGUAAAGUACGCUAUAAUAAGCGAUAACCCUUGGUUAAAGGGCUUAACCCCAAACUCUCACAAUUGGUUCGACAGUAUUGGAUACCUGAAGAACAUAUCAAGCAACAGUUCAUUACAGAUCAGUUAUCGAGUGGAGUACAAUGAUGGUACGGAUUUCUUUUUAUUUAAAACAAUAAACUGGAAACUCAAAAACUGGGGUAUAACUAACUUCUGUGACUUACCAGAAGGAAAAAAUACCAUUAUCACGACUAUUCUAUGGGAGAUGCUAGGUAUUCCCGAAGGAUGUCCCAUUUCCAAGGGAGAAGUUAAAAAUACGAGUCACGUUCACUUUCCCUUCAAAAACGAGUGCUAUCUAGUCGCAGAUGAGUCAGGAUCUCCUGAAUUUAAGAUAAGAAUCACCAUAUCUGAUUCUGAAGAGCUCAUAUCACCAAUGCCAUUAUUCAGUGCUGAACUCUAUUCGUAUGGUCCAAUUUACACGUUGUCUGAGAAUAAUGUGAAGAGUCAAGCAUAAUAUCUGAAGGGUUUAAUAUUCUGAAUAUGCACUUGAACUCACUGUAUGAUCUGGUGAAACGAUGGUUCAUCAUUUGGUCGAAUUGACCUGUUCGUCCAACGAUUGAACUACUUCGAUUAAUCUGAUGAAACAGUCAUUGCCAGCAAAGACUGUUUCUAAAGACAAGUUUCAAAAUCUAUCUGAAACUUGUCUUUAGAGACCUUUAUACCUGAAUGACGUGCCCUGUGACAGAGCUAUUUCAUUUUAACAAAUCAGAAUGACCGAUUAUUGUUGCAGGAGUGAUCAAAAUUGUGAGUUGGUAAAAAUAAAUUGUUGUAGUCAAUAUAUACAUAUUUGAUAAAAGUUACUAAAACGCCAUCAAAACGUACAUUGGGUGAUUGGCGUUCGAUUCCAAAGUUUUUAGUUUAUGAAACGGUUAAAGCUGUCAAAGAGGACGUUCUCUCUGACAGCUGAAGUUCUAGAUAAGCCGAAUAUGUAUUUUUUCACUUGGGAAUCGGCAUCGACACACCAUCCGAACGAUACAUGAGCAGAUUGGUGUUCGAUUGCAAGAUUUUAAGCUUAUGAAUCCGUUAAAAAAACAGAUAUCGAUUAUAGUCGCUGACUGGUCAAUAUAUACAAUUGGAAACGGUCAUCGAUGUACAAUCGAAAGCAAUUCAUAGUUCAGUGCUGUUUUAUCACAGGAUAUCGACACAGCCUAGUCGUUGGUUUGUAAAAAUAUAUAAAAUUGAGGACUGCCAUCGACAGGCAAUCGAAAGCAUAUGAGUCGAUUGUUAUUGAAUUACCAGAUUUUCGUCAUACAAUUUGACUCACGCUUUCAUAACAAAUUAUUUAAAGCUCCUAAAUCUUGAGAAAUUUUGUUUACACUAUGCAGUGAAAAACAUAUCACCCCCCCCCUUCCCCCCUCAAUUAUGAACAUUACAAAAUACCUCGAAAUUUUUCCGUCCAGAAAAUCAUAAAUUUAGAAACAUGAAAAAUCAUUAAGGAAUUUCAUUUAAAGUUUUGUGCAGCAUAGUCAUACUCAAGAGCAAUAAGAUCGUCAUCGUUGAACGCUAAUUAAGCUUCUCUGAGAACGACUCAAUCCAAGGAAUAUAAUUUUUGAAAAAUAAAUAUUUAUCUGAAGUAAAUGAAUGAUUUGGUGU